GUACUUCUCAUGUGAUCGGACAAGAUGGCAGACGACGGAAGACUAACUUUGGGUUCUUUUGUGGUGUUUUUGACAUUGUCAUGUGCCCUGGGACAGACACCAGUUGUUCUUUGGCAUGGCAUGGGUGACAGUUGUUGUAACCCACUUAGCAUGGGAUCAAUCAAAGGUCUGAUAGAAAAACAAGUGUCCAAAGUGUAUGUUAAGUCCCUGGAGAUUGGUGAUAACAUUGAAGAGGACACUAUAAAUGGCUUCUUCUUGAAUGCAAAUACACAAAUCAGUAUGGUAUGUGAAAUGCUGGCUAAAGACUCAAAACUACAGAAUGGUUACAAUGCCAUUGGAUUUUCACAGGGAGGACAGUUUUUGAGAGCAGUUGCACAGCGAUGUCCCAAUCCACCUAUGAUUAACUUGAUCUCUGUUGGAGGACAACACCAAGGUGUGUAUGGAUUUCCUCGUUGCCCUGGCGUUAAUGAAACCUUAUGUGAUGAGGUCAGGAGAUUACUCAAUCUUGGAGCUUAUAUAGAUGCAAUCCAGGAUAGGUUGGUUCAGGCAGAAUAUUGGCAUGAUCCAAUGAAUGAAGACGAGUACAAGAAGAAAAGCAUUUUCUUAGCUGAUAUAAACCAGGAAAAUAAAAUGAAUGCAACCUACAAAACCAAUUUGCUGAAAGUGAAGAAUAUUGCUCUUGUUAAGUUCUUGGAUGAUGGUAUGGUACAACCCCGAGACAGUGAGUGGUUUGGUUUCUAUAACCCAGGACAAGCAAAGACUGUAUACAACCUAACACAGUCAAAGUUAUACACACAGGAUUUGCUUGGUCUGAAACAGAUGAAUGAGGCUGGACGACUUCAUUUCUUGGCUAGUCCUGGUGAUCAUCUCCAAUUUACAGAGGAAUGGUUCAUCAGCAAUAUUGUCAACAAGUUCCUUAAGUAGAACAUUACAAGGACCCAAAGCACAUGAACAUGACUGUGAUUCUUCAAAAAAUUACUUUUUAUUUAUUAAAAUACAAAUGGUGCAUCAAUUUGAAAUACUCAACCGGUCAUGCUUGAUACUAUUGUUACCGUUAUCAGAAAUUACUCACCUCAUAAAUUAAUUUUAUUAAAAUAACAGAAAGAUGCAACAAAAGUUAUUUUAUAUGAGGUAAAAAGUGCUAAAGGUUUAUUUUAAAAAUCCACACAUAUUAUGUUACGUUGAUCAGAUAUAUAUGAUUCUCCACAUUUUCUAAAAUGUUUUAAGGUUUGCUUGUAAAUAUUGUUUAUACUCAAACAUUGUUGCUCAAAAUAGCCAUGGAGUUUCUAUGAAUAGAAAUUCUUGUAAUUGAAUCACUGCAAGUAAAAAUUGUCUCCCUUUACUUUCUUGAAAUUUUUAUAUAUUCUGUAUAUUUAAGGAAUUUUUCCUUAAACUUUCAUAUUUGUUGAAAUGCUUAAGCAAUAUAUGUAGUAUAAUAUUUUUCAAGUAAUGUAAUGAUUGCACAGUAUGAAUGAGUGCCUUUUCACACAAUGACAUCAAUUACAAUGAAUAUGAAAGAUAUUUUUCUAAUAAUAGACAAAAUAAAAGGGUAGAUUUUUUAAAGAAAUGAAUUGUUUAAUCAAUAGAAUCAGGAAUGUGAGCAAGGAUCAUUUGUAUGAUUGUAAUUUAUGUAAUUUAUUCUUUGUGUCUACUGUUAUAUCAAUUUUCUAUAAUUUGUUUUGUAAGACUUAAUUUGUAUAAAAUAAAAUUAACAUUCCG